AUGACCAUCAAAACCUUUCAACUUGAAUACGAUGCCAUCAACAACAGGAAUACUUUUACAAAUGGAGAUACCAUUAAGGGAAGGAUUGUCCUGGAAACAGACAAAGAGGUAAAAUUCAUGUCACUUGAGUUUUUAGCCAAAGGAAAGGCUAGUGUUCGCUGGACUGAAUACUACGGGGAGAACCAAACUCCUGUUUACUGGUCUGAUGAGAAAUAUUACAGUAUCCAACAGCACAUGCUUCUGAAAGAGCCCAGGCAAGAUGGGAGUUACAUAAUUGGAAAAGGAAAACACUUAUUUCCUUUCAGCUUCAAGAUACCUGAAGUAAGAAUGCCAUCGUCUUUCUACUCAUCUAUCGGUAGAGUUGUUCACAAGCUGAAAGCGGAGCUUAAACAGUCAAUGAAGUUGAAGAAAAAAACAAAAGUUCAUUUUACGUUUGUGUCAAGAGCAGACAUGGACGUGCCAAGACUCAUGGUUCCUCAGCAUGGGUGUAAAUAUAAAAAAUUUUCUUUUGGUUCUGGGACUGUUUCAUUUGAUGUUCGUAUUGAGAAGAUUGGAUACAAACCUGGUGAGGCCAUCAACGUCACUAUUGAGAUCAACAACCAGUCGAGUCGUUCGGUGAAACCCAAAUUGAUCCUGUAUGAGAGGAGGAGCUUCUUCGCCCAAGGACAGAGGAAACUUGAGACACAUCAGAUCCACAAGGCAAAAGUUGAUGGUGUUGAUUCAAACUCUGGCAGAAGAACUGUAGCAAAGGUCAUCCCCAUCCCAACAGGACUGUCUCCGUCUAUAUUGAACUGCUCCAUCCUCAAACUGGAGUACAGACUGCAGGUAUACCUGGAUAUCAGAUUUACUUCUAACCUGGAGAUCAAAGUCCCCAUCAUCAUUCUACCUGAAGUGUUGGAUAUAAGACACUUACCUCCUUCUUAUUCAGACUGUGGAUUUGAAGCAUUUGGGAAUCCAGCUCCACCAACACGGGGCACCACACCACAAGCUAUGGAACCUCCACCUUCUUAUGAAGCAUCUGCAAUGUACCCCACCUUCCCCUCUGGUGAUUAAAAGACUGCAAUGUGACUGAAGGGGACUGUCAUUGUCAUGUUUCAGCUUCCUGCAAUGGUUUCCAUGGCUCUUUUCACUCAUUCAAGCACUCCUCCAUGCUGACCUGUGUCUGCCUAAUUAUCUCUACCUGUACUCCUCAGGAUAUAAACUCUCUCCAGCCACAGCUCUGAUGCCAGAUCAUCGCCAGCAUUCUUCCAUAGAUAUCCAACUCCACCAUUAUCAACGAUUAAAGCCUCUGAUUUUGAUCCUGUU